ACAGACUUUUCUAUUUUUUCAUACUAAACUGCCUGUUUCAAGAUCGCCUUUCUGCCUUGGAAGUCUCAUCGACCUUGUUCGUGCUCUGUUACAUAUCUGGCUGCUACGGUGCUUAUCACCGGAUAAGGGUCUACAAGUUGGUGAGGAGCCAGCGACAGAACAUCUGCCUUCGGACGCCCAACGAGCCCAACACAGCCCUUGACUAGCCGACUCCUUUUUUAAUCGACCGAGGUUGAUCGCGGGUGUCUUCUUAUCUUCCUUCCCCGCGCCAAUGAACAACACCGACGUGCCCUACAAGCAGCUCAGAGGCGGGUCGGAGGUGUGCCUCAAUGUGUAUCCCCCGGCUGCGGAAUUCCUGACCGGCUCCGUGACGCGCUUGCCGGCCGUCGUCUACUAUCACGGGGGAGGCAUGACCGUAGGGACACGCACGAGCUGGUUCCCGACAUGGCUUCAAACGCGCCUGAACGCGAAGGGGAUUCUGUUCAUCUCGGCCGACUACCAACUGAUCCCGGCAUCGUCGAUGCAUGACGUCAUCCAGGACGUGCAGGAUCUCUUCGCGUUUCUAGGGAACGAGGAGACCGUGUUCAAGGUCCCCGGUGAUGCCGGACGCACCUUCGGGGUUGACAUGGCGUCCGUGGCUGUGGCCGGGUCGAGUGCCGGGGGUUAUGUCGCCUAUCUCACCGCGCUGCAUGCCACGCCGAAGCCCAAAGCGGUGCUCUCGCUGUACGGGCUCGGUGCGGAUUUCCUGAACCACCAAACGCUGGGUCUCAAAUUCGAACCCUUCUUUCUCGGGCGCGAGAUGCUUGAUCCGAUCGACUUUGCUGAGUUCGUUUACCCCGAAAACACCAAGCUGGAUCCCACAUCCGAGUCUACACUCACGUACUUCCCGACCACGCAUCCGACGAAGCCGGGCUGGCCGUCGAACCCGCGGCUUCCCCUGUGCCGGCUGCUGCUGCAGAUGGGCGUCUUCCUCGACUACCUGGCGGGCCAGCACGAGCCCAGCCUGUCUCUCGCGCUGCGCCCGCUGCUCGAGAAGUCCUCCGACCCGGCGAUCCUGCAGGAAGAGCUCGGCCCAUUGGUGCCGGAGGAGCACCGUCGGAUUUUUCCGCAGCUGAACAUCACUCCGGAGUUCCCCCCGACAUUUUUCUUCCACGGAUCGGAGGACACCGCAGUGCUCCCGUCCGACUCGGUGCAUCUGCAUUCGCUCUUGAAGGGCGCGGGUGUCGAGACCAAGAUCAUCAUCAUCGAUGGGGCAUCGCACUCGCUGGACUACCACAAGGACGCCGAGACGAUGUACAAGGCGCAUUUCGAGGAGAUGGCCGGAUUUCUGACCACGGCUGUGCUCGGGUCAUAGCUUGGCAAAUGAAUCGCGCGAAUCGCGAUUUGUAGACAGGUAGAAUUUUUUAGAAUGUAGAUAUACCACAUGCAUCGAUCGAUCGAUUUCCA